UCUGGUCAUAUUUCAUGCUGAGAAAAAUUUAGUAAACAAGGCAAGCCUCGACACGUCUUCUUGUCUUGUCUCUGCCGGUUUUAUUUGAAAGGAUAAUUGUCUGUGAGUGACAUCAAACCAGGCCUCCUUUUCUUUUUAAACGGAAUGAAUUCUAGCGUAUUCUAUUGUGUUCUACACAGAGAAUGUUUGACUCUACAAAGACACAACCAAACAAAAGGAAACAAGAAAAACACAAUCCAUUUUGUUCAGAGAUGUUCUUUUCUUUUUUUAUCUUUAAAUAAUCAAUCUUUUUGCCCAAAUUCCCUGUUUGAGUUGGAAAAUCUCAAAAGUGCAUCUUGGCAUUUCAUUCCAGCUUUUGAGUCGUAACACAGCGGGAAGAAGAGUGACCUUUAAGCGAGAAAUCUGACACAUGUAGAGAGAAGGUCACCUCCUUUUUGCUCACAAAUGUCCAUCUUGGAAUACUCUCCCCGUGUUAAUCUGUUUCUUCUCAUGCAUGGGCGCUCCGGCACCUUCACACCACCAGUUCUGGGCUUGUCCCUCCAUGACGAGGCGUUUCUUCUUUCCCCACAGGGAAUCUCAAACGUAAACACUAUCUUUUUGCUAUUAAAUUGUGCGAUUACAAUCAUUGAUUUGGUAGAUAAGUGAAAAUAAAAUCAUUACGGUGUUUUUUUUGUUUGUUUUUUGGGGAGUGGGGUUUGUUUUUCUGGGGUGAACAAAGAAAAUGCCUUGAAGGCACUGAAGCUUGUCGAGUUUUUCAAGAAAGUGAUCCCAGUUCCUCUGAAUUGGAGUCAUACAUUUGCGCAAUAAAUCUCAGCAAAAGUGACAGUGUGGAGACUUUACAAAGUCAGUUGUAGGUCAGGAGAAACAAAGAUGAGAGGCCCCACCCACACCUGUCACUCAGCAUCCGUUGUAAUUAUUUUUUAUAGCUCAGUGUGUCGACAUAGUAUACCGGUGACUCCACGGACAUGCCCUGAGGCUGAGGUGGGAGACUGCCUGAGGCCGCCAGGUGCUAGAAGAUAUUUGCAACCACAUGGGGGCACCCCUCCAGUGUUUUCAAAUGUGAGGUUUGGGGUAAAACUAAAUCCACCUCACAUGAUUGCAUUGUAGAGAGGCGAUCCCUGAAAGGUACGUCCCUCCUUCUCCAAGAGUCAAGGGCUCUAUCCCAGAUACUGUUGGGUAAAUGUGGGGCAAACCCUGGACAGGUCACCAGUCCAUACUCACAUUUACACAUAAAGACAAUUUAAAAUCAAGUCUUAGUCAUAUCCAGCAGUACGGGAUUGUUUUGUAUGGAUGCUGUAGGUUUUUGGGUUGUCCGGGUCAGUGGAGGGAUGUUGACCUGAGCGGUUGUAGUUCCUUUGAGCCUUGUGCGGCCUCCAUAAAAUGGAACAUACAGUUGUUGUGCAUGUGGUAGGUGUAUUAUGAAGUAUUUUUAAGGAUAAUGUAAGCCAGGGAAAGUUAACUCCAGGCCUCGAGGGCCGGAUUCCAUUCAGCAUUUCCACUCAGUUAAGUUUCGCUACCACUAAGCGGUUUGUUAUCACGGUGCAUGCGUGCUGUAGACCGCUAGCAUAGAUCACCAGCAUAGACCACUAGUGUAGACCUCUAGCAUAGAAUGCUAGCAUAGCCUGCUAGCAUAGACUGCUAGCAUAGACUGCUAGCAUAGACUACUAGCGUAGACCGCUAGCAUAGACUACUAACAUAGACUGUUAGUGUAGACCACUAGCAUAGAGAACUAGCUUAGACCACUAGCAUAGACUGCUAGCGUAGACCACUAGCAUAGACCGCUAAUGAAGACUGCUAGCAUAAACCACUAUUGUAGACCACUAGCAUAGACCACUAGCAUAGACUGCUAGACUAGACCGGUAGCACAGGCUGCUAGCAUAGACUACUAGCAUUAACUGCUAGCAUUAAAUGCUAGUGUAGACCACUAGCUUAGACCACUAACAUAGACCACUAGCGUAGACUACUAGCGUAGACCACUGGGAUAGACCACUAGCAUAGACUACAAACAUAGACUGCUAGUGUAGACCACUAGCAUAGACCACUAGUGUAGACCACUAGCAUAGACCGCUAGCAUAGGCCGCUAGCAUAGACCACUAGCAUUAACUGCUAGCAUUAAAUGCUAGUGUAGACCACUAGCUUAGACCACUAACAUAGACCACUAGCGUAGACUGCUAGCAUAGACCGUUAGCAUAGACUACUAGCAUAGACCGCUAGCAUAGGCCGCUAGCAAAGAUCGCUAGCUCAGCCUGUGUCACACCGUCCCCAAGGAUGGACAGGACUGUUUGCAGUUCCACCACAGACCAAGCCUUGCUGCUGUUUGGAGGUAUUUACAAUUUAGACUUGUCACUAAAAGAGUACACAGGAAACCACAAAAACCCACACAAAAUGCUUGCUUUCAGUGCUAUACUGGUGCUUUCUAAUGUCGUCAUCACUUUUUGCCAAUCAAUGAGUGGCUACAGUGGCUCCGUCUAAGCGGUUCUGUUCCACUUCUCAAUGGACCUACAAGCGAUGGGGCCCCCCUAGAGGUAUGGGUCGGUACUGCUUAAUGAGUCAACUUAAAAAAGAAACACUCAAAAACUCACCCACGAUGUCUUACUUCUGACUCUCGUGAAAUCAGGCCAAAUCCGUCACCAAUUCUUCCUGAAAUGGGGGCUGUCAUUUUGGAGCCCGACAGUGAUUGGUCACGUUUUUAGAGGAGCUACAAUCGGUUCAGGUCCUUUCUCAUUAAAGCACAAUUUUCUGCCGCCAUCUUUGAUCACUUCACUUUCUGGUUUCAACAUUUAGUUGUUUUCAUUUUCUUUAUUAGAAUCUCACCUUUGUAAAAGUAAAAGUUAUGAAAAUUUGCAAUUUGGUGAGGGAAAAAAAAUCUUAAAUUUAAUAUUUUUUGUGAGGGUGUAAAAUCUUAAAAGGGCCCCUUUUUGGAUUCCAGCCCGAGCCCCCAAAAAGCUGAACAGCGCCCCUGGUUUUUAAACGUCUGCUUAUAUAAAAGCAAUAAACGAAGAAGCAAUUGUAUUAUGGGAUGUCUGCCAUUCCUUAACCCAUCAGGACAAUUAUAGUGUGACUCAGAAGGAAUCCAUUAAUAAUGUUGACAAGUUCCUGGGAAUUUCACUGUUUGAGAAAAACACAUAAAAUAACUUCCAAAUGACUGCUUCAUUUUUGCUUUAGUUUGGGUUUGAAAAUAAUAAAAAAGAAGUCACUUUUAGUAAUAAUUUGACAAAAUAGUGAGGCUUUUUUAGGAGUGGGAGGAGCUGAGAGUCCUAAAGGCGGGCUGAGCGGAGCAGAGCGCAGGCUUCCACAUGUUGUCAGCAGCUGGAGGAGUCAGGAGCGCACGCAGCGCUCUCCCGGAGCGCGUGGAGGUUUGUGGAGCGCCACUUUUUUCUUUUGAAAUAUCUUGUCACUUGUUUAAUGUAUUUUUUUAGUGUUUUUGCAGCAUGACUGCUGCUGCUGCUUUCACCUCAGAUUUGACUUGAUCCCCUAAAAGAGACGCCAUGGAGACGUUCACCAUACAGGACAUUGUCAGCAAUUCCACCGAUUUGAGCAGGAUUUUGUGCAACAUGGGGAUUAGGAAUAUUUCAGAGUGCGAAACCAAGAUGGAGGAUAAAGACAUCGACAGGACCGUCCGGAUUUUCCUCUACAGCCUGAUCUUCCUCCUCAGCCUGCUGGGCAACAGCCUCAUCAUCGCGGUGCUGGUGAGGAACCGGAGGAUGAGGACCGUCACCAACCUGUUCCUGCUCUCUCUGGCCGUCAGCGACCUCAUGGUGUCCCUGGUGUGCAUCCCCUUCACCCUCAUCCCCAACCUCAUGCAGAACUUCAUCUUCGGCAUCGGCAUGUGCAAGCUGGUCAUGUACUUCAUGGGUGUAGCUGUGAGCGUUUCCACCUUCAACCUGGUGGCCAUCUCUCUGGAGCGCUACAGCGCCAUCUGCAACCCCCUGACGUCCAGGGUGUGGCAGACCAAAUCCCACGCCGCCAAAGUCAUCACCAUCACCUGGGUGGUUUCCUUCAUCCUGAUGCUUCCCUACGCCAUUUUCAGCACCCUGAAACCCUUCGGCCACAAGAACAACAGUGGGAACAUGUGCCGCCUGGAGAUGCCCAACAACAUCAGCUUCCAGUCCUGGUACGUGUCUCUGCUCUUGAUGCUAUUUCUGAUCCCCGGCAUCAUCAUGAUGACAGCCUAUGGACUCAUCUCCCUGGAGCUCUACAGGGGAAUCAAGUAUGAGCUGCCCAAAAGGAAAUCUAGUCGAGACAGACAAAGCAGCAUUAAGCCAGGAGACAGUGACGGCUGCUACUUGCCGCCGUCUAAAAGGAAAAGCCUGACGUUGGGUUCGGGCAGCUUUGGCACCUCCAGCGGCAAACCGGCGGUGGGGCGGGUGAGCUGCAGCAGCUCCGCAUCCAACCUGAUGGCCAAGAAGCGUGUCAUCCGCAUGCUCCUGGUCAUCGUCGUCCUCUUCUUCCUUUGCUGGACGCCCAUCUUUGUGGUCAACGCGUGGAAGGCUUUCGACCAGGAAUCGGCCAAACGCCACCUGACGGGGGCGCCCAUCUCUUUCAUCCACCUGUUGUCCUACACGUCGGCCUGCGUCAACCCAAUCAUUUACUGCUUCAUGAACAAGCGCUUCCGCCAGGGCAUGUUAGCCACGUUCACCUGCUGCGGCUGCUUCAGGAAGAGAAGUGAACGGAGCAGCAGCUUGGGGAGGUCGGCUGGAAGCAGAACCAUUAGGGAGGAAGCAAACAGAUGGAGACCGGGGCCAAAUUCCCCUGAGGAGAAUGGUCAUACUCCUCCCAGCGGAGCUAGCACUCGCUUUACCUACAACUGGCAGCCGAGGGUGCAGUCGCCAUGUAUGAGUGCAGCUAGUUGGACAGGAAGAGUUCACAACACGCGAGAAACCACAGGAGACUCCAGAGAGAAAACUUGUACCAACAUUUGAAAAGGAAAGAAAACAUGGAAACAAUUGCGGGAGCCUUUCGGAGAAGCUGCAGCGAAUGAGCGCAAAGGCGGCAGAGCUCCUGUGACAGGAAGUGAGGCGUUGCUUUUGUGCUACGCACAAGUAAACAGCUGAUAAGAACUUUUUUGUGUGUAAUUUAUCUUUAAGGCCACAUUGAAUUGAAAACUUUCCAUCUUCUUCUCUGGGUUUUUUUUUUUCUUUUUUCCAGAAAAGGUAUAAAUGCCACCGGAAGUAGAGCUGGAAGACGCCACCGUUUGAGUUUCACUGGUUUGCUAGGCGAGCAGUGAGCGACAGACUAUGUGGCUGGUUUCAGUGAACGUACAGUACUAAGGCUAUCCUUUUGAAGUCAACGACUACGCUUGAACGUGGAAAACCCAAAUUUGUUUUGUUUGGAACCACAAAAGUCACUUUUUUUCCCAACAAGUUCUGCAGAUGCGACAACGGAGAAUUGGGGCCACCAUAAAAAUGGGAAUAAAAUUGUAAGAUUUUGAGGAAAAAAUGAAAAUAUGGUAGUAAAAACUCACUAUUCUAAGAGAAUGAAGUUGAAGUAUCAUGAGAAAAAAAGUCUCAAAAUAAAAAAAUAAAAAA